AUGACUCCAUUUUUUGCAUUUUCGCUGCUGGCCCUAGGCCAGGUGGCUCUCGCCAGCCAGGACGCCUUUGAGACCAGGUGUGCCCAAUUCGCCGAGAAGAUUGAUAUCCCCGACGUCAAGGUCAAUUUUGCCCAAUACGUCCCGGGAGGAACCAAUCUUUCAUUGCCUGACAAUGCGCCCAGCUGUGGCGCAGCCUCGCAAUCAGUCACGGUUGACCUUUGCCGGGUUGCAAUGGCCGUGAAAACUUCCAACAGCAGUGAAAUCACGCUGGAGGCAUGGUUCCCACGCAAGUACACGGGUCGUUUCUUAAGUACCGGCAACGGCGGUCUGUCAGGAUGCAUCCAGUACUAUGACCUGGCGUAUACUGCACAAUUGGGAUUUGCUACGGUCGGAGCUAACAAUGGUCACAAUGGCACAUCGGGCGAGCCUUUCUAUCACCACCCUGAAGUCCUCAGGGACUUUGCAUACCGGUCUAUCCACACCGGUGUCGUCAUUGGUAAAGAGCUUACAAAGAAGUUCUAUGAUGAAGGUUUCAACAAGAGCUACUACCUGGGAUGUUCAACCGGGGGUCGCCAGGGAUGGAAGUCUGUCCAGAAAUACCCCAACGACUUUGAUGGUGUGGUGGCCGGCUCUCCUGCGAUCAACUUCGUCAACCUGAUUUCAUGGAGUGCCCGCUUCUAUCCCAUCACAGGCCCACCAUCUUCCGAUACCUACCUCACCCCUGCUGAGUGGAAUGUCGUCCAUAAUGAAAUCCUCCGGCAGUGUGACACUAUUGACGGGGCAAAGGACGGCCUCAUCGAAGACCCCACUCUCUGCUAUCCUAUUCUCGAGACUUUGAUUUGUGCACCUAACCCGUCGAAUGCGACCGGCUGCCUCACCAGUGCGCAGGUCCAAACUGCUAAUAAAGUGUUCUCCCCGUUGUACGGCAUCAAUGGCACUUUGCUCUAUCCUCGCAUGCAGCCUGGCUCGGAAGACUUUGCCUCGACUAUCAUGUACAACGGCGAGCCCUUUCCAUACAGCAAAGACUGGUUCCGAUACGUGGUGUACAAUAACCCGAUCUGGAGCGGCAAGGACUUCAACGUUAAAGACGCCGCUGCCGCACUCGCCCAGAACCCCUACAACAUUCAGACGUGGGAGGGUGACCUCUCCUCGUUCCAGAAGUCCGGUGGCAAGGUCCUCCACUACCACGGCAUGCAAGACCAGCUGAUCACCUCCGAGGACUCCAAGCUGUACUACUCUCACGUCGCGGACACGAUGCAGCUGCCUCCCUCCCAGCUUGAUGACUUCUACCGCUUCUUCACUGUCAGCGGCAUGGCUCACUGCGGCGGUGGUGAUGGCGCCUAUGGGAUCGGCCAGGGCACUGCUACCUAUGCUGGUAGCGAUCCGGAGGACAAUGUGCUGAUGGCUAUGGUCAAGUGGGUUGAACAGGGUGUUGCGCCUGAGACUAUCCGUGGCUCCAAGUUUGCCGACGGCCCGGGAACGAAGAUAGAAUACCGCCGCAGGCACUGCCGCUACCCACGACGCAAUAUUCAUGUGGGCCCCGGACCUUACACCGAUGAGAACUCAUGGCGGUGUAUUUAG